GCACAAGUUACAUGGCAAGCUAGGUAGCUGAAGCUGACCAAAAGGUAAAAGAGGAUGAGUUGGCCAGAGUUGCUGAAAUGUUUGAGAAGAUGAAUUGGGUUGGGAAGCUAGUGCAGUGGGUGUGGGUGUACGACCGUCCACCACAGUCAUUGGUUGAUAGCAAUAGCAUGCAUGCAUAUGGAGCCUGUCAAGGAAGGGGAGUUUGAAGAGGAAAGGAGAAAAGGGCAGAAUGUGAGUGCAGCUAUGCAUUGGUUCAUCAGCAGCAACAGCCAACAGAAUCCAUUCAAGAGCUAAAAUCACGCUAACCACAAGACCACCGCUGCCUGUCUAUGACUUUGCAGCGCUUCUACUAUAUAGGACAGGAGUAUGCACUGCUCCCUGCUCUCCACAUGAAUUCAGCAGCACCUGCACCUAUAAAGAGAGCCGGCCGGCCUGCUUCAGCCUUGCUUGGCCUCUUGCUUGCAUUGCAUGUAAGCAUUUCUAAGGCCGGCCUUGCGAGAGUUGGGCAGCUCGAUCGCCCAUCGCUAGCUACGAGCAGAUCAGCAGGAAUGCACGCAUCACUCGGCAUGUCAAGCUCAAGCAGCAGCAGCAGCAGGGGUUGGUCGUCGUACUCCCCCCUGCUCUUCGCCACCCUGCUUACACUACUACUCUGCUCCCAGCUCGCCAUUGCCAAGGAGCAGUACCAUGAGUUCGUGGUGAAGGAGGCGACUGUGACGCGGCUGUGCGGGACGCAGCAGCAGCGGAUCAUGACGGUGAACGGGCAGUUCCCCGGUCCGACGGUGGAGGUGGCCGAGGGCGACGCCCUCAUCGUGCGCGUCCGCAACCGGGGCAGCUACAACGUGACGGUGCACUGGCACGGCGUGCGGCAGAUGCGCACGGCCUGGGCCGACGGCCCGGAGUUCGUCACGCAGUGCCCCAUCCGCCCCGGCACCUCCUACACCUACCGCUUCACCGUCGCCGGACAGGAAGGCACGCUCUGGUGGCACGCGCACAGCUCCUGGCUCCGCGCCACCGUCCACGGCGCGCUGAUCAUCCGCCCGCGCGCCGGCGUCCCGUACCCGUUCAACGCCGGCGACACGCCAGCCAGGGAGAUCACCAUCAUACUAGGGGAAUGGUGGAACAUGAACCCCAUCGACGUCGUGCGCACCGCCACCCGCACCGGCGCCGCGCCCAACAUCUCCGACGCCUUAACCGUCAACGGCCAGCCCGGCGAUCUCUACAAGUGCUCAUCCAACGGUAAAAGCACCACGACGUUCUCGGUCACGUCCGGCGAGACGAACCUGCUGCGCUUCAUCAACGCCGCGCUCAACACGGAGCUCUUCGUCUCCCUGGCCGGCCACACCAUGACGGUGGUGGGCGCCGACGCCUCCUACACCAAGCCGUACGCCACGCCCGUCAUCUUGGUCGCGCCUGGCCAGACCACCGACGUGCUCGUCACCUUCGACCAGCCCCCCAGCCGCUACUACCUCGCCGCGCGCGCCUACGCCAGCGCCCAGGGCGUCCCCUUCGACAACACCACCACCACGGCCAUCUUCGACUACGGCACCGGCGCCAGCAACAGCAGCAGCCCCGCGAUGCCCACACUCCCGGCCUACAACGACACCGCGACGGCCACGGCGUUCACCACGAGCCUGCGCGGCCUCCGCGCGGCGGACCUUCCCGCGCGCGUCGACGAGAGCCUCUUCUUCACCGUCGGCGUCGGCCUCUUCAACUGCUCCAGCGGCCAGACCUGCGGCGGGCCCAACAACACGCGCUUCGCGGCCAGCAUCAACAACGUCUCCUUCGUGCUCCCGUCCACCACCUCCAUCCUGCAGGCGCACUACGCGUACGCCGCCGGCGGGGCGACGCCAGCAGGCGUGUUCACCGCCGACUUCCCGGCGAACCCGCCGGUGCGGUUCGACUACACGGCGCCGAACGUCAGCCGCGCGCUGUGGCAGCCCGUGCCGGGCACCCGGGUGUACAGCCUCAAGUACGGCGCCGCCGUGCAGCUGGUGCUCCAGGGCACCAACGUGUUCGCGGCCGAGAACCACCCCAUCCACCUCCACGGCUACGACUUCUACAUCCUCGCCGAGGGCUUCGGCAACUUCGACGCCGCCGCGGACACCGCCAGCUUCAACAUGGACGACCCGCCCAUGAGGAACACGGUGGGCGUGCCGGUCAACGGCUGGGCGGUCAUCCGCUUCGUGGCGGAUAAUCCCGGGGUGUGGCUCAUGCACUGCCACCUGGACGUGCACAUCACCUGGGGUCUCGCCAUGGCGUUCCUGGUGGAGGACGGCGUCGGGGAGCUGCAGUCACUGGAGGCGCCGCCGUCUGACCUGCCCAUCUGCUAGCUCAUUGCAUAGGGGGCCUCAACUCAUUUAUUAUGCUCAAAAUUCGUCAAGGAACAUUCUUGCCGAUUUAUAAUUAAUUCAAUCAUAUAAUACUAUUCAAACAAAAGUACUGGCACCGUACUCGGCUACAAAGCUUUUGACUACGGGAGUAAUGUAGAAAUUAUUUUCAGACCAAGAAAGGUCUAUAUGACAGGAUGAUCCACUGUCAUCAAGAAAUGACAGUGAAUUUAACAAUAUGCCAAUCAAAAAUAUUUUGUAGGUAUUAUUCAGGGGAACACAAUGGCUCCAUUACAGCACUGUAGUCUGUGCCAAUCCUCGAAAUGAAAUAUAUACUAUACUGUUUCAACAUUA